UGUCUUCUCUUUCUUUCUCGUUCGAUUCUAUGUUGAUUAGUUCCAUUUUAAUUGAUUACUUGAUUUCAUACCACGAUUUUUCAAUGAUUAAAUUUUAAAAAAAGUCAAAUUAGGGUGUGGGAAACUGGGAAAGAGGUAAAUAAUCGAUCAUUUUAUCUUGAUUUUGUAUGGGAGAAUGAUAAUUUGUUUGCAGAUUAGGGUUUCUUGAUUUAUAGUUUUUGGAUUGUUGGGGAAGAAGGUUUCAAGAUAAUUUGAAAAAGGUCGUCUUGUUUGAAGGGUCUUUGUUGUUUCUUUGUUGCAUAAUAGGGAAAAGAAAACACUAAAAUAAAUUGGAGGGCCUGGGUCUCAUGAGAAUUCUCAGGGGAAUGCAGAGAUCGAUUUGCUCAGAUAAACACAAGGCAAAGGAACCAGGAGGCAUUGGCAUCUACGUCCCUAAAGUUAGGACCCGGGACAAACCCCACUAUUAAUCAAAUGACCAGGAUUUUGGUUCCGCGCGGCUCUUCUGGGAGUUCUUCAUCCAACAACCAGACACGCACUUCACUUCCCAGCUCUUCAAAUCAACCUAUUCCUUCCAACCCUAACGUUGUCAUCGCUGUUCCUGAUGAAGUUCAUGAACAAGUUAUUGCCAAUGAUUUGCCCGAAAAUGGUUCAAGUGAUGAUCAAGGCUUUGAUCAGAGUAAAAAUGCCGGGGAUGAUGGUGCCGAUGAUUUGAAAAUUGGGAACAACGAGAAUCAAGUGGAUAACAUUAGAGUGUUUAGUGGGCUAAAGGUCACUGACCACAAUAGUCAUGAGACUGAUGCCUUGGCUGGUGAUAAUUUUCAAAGUGAAGCCCAGAGCUCACAACCUCCUCCUCCUCCUAUUCCGCCUCCAAAACCUUCAGGAUCAAACUCUAUGUUGAGAAGAUUUGUGUCAGGGACUUCAGAUUCCCCUCGGAUUGGACCUUCUAGAAGGCCUGCUGCGUGGCCGGCUCCAGCUCGGACUUCUCCAUCAGCAUCCAGACCAUCCUCACCAAGAUCUCAUUGUGAAAGCGAGGGCUACAAUAGUGCUGAUGAGCAAAUCCCUUCCUUUGGAUCCUCAUAUUAUGACCUUGAGAGAGAGCGGCAGUUUGAGAUUGAUAUUAGACGUGCUAAAGGUUUGGAAGUUAAGAGGAUGCAAGAAGAUGGUAAUUGUCUAUUUAGGGCUGUUGCAGAUCAAGUCUAUGGGGAUUCGGAGGCAUAUGAUUUGAUCAGGCAGAUGUGUAUAGAUUAUAUGGAGCGCGAGAGAGAUCAUUUCUCACAGUUUAUUACAGAAGGCUUUACAUCUUAUUGUAAGAGGAAACGACGGGACAAGGUUUAUGGAAACAAUGUGGAGAUCCAAGCCUUAUCAGAGAUGUAUAAUAGACCCAUUCAUAUAUACUCUUAUAGCACAGAGCCUAUUAACAUAUUUCAUGGGAACUAUGACUCUGAUGUGCCUCCAAUCCGGCUAAGUUAUCAUCAUGGUAACCAUUAUAAUUCACUUGUGGAUCCCCGACGAUUGAGUGUUGGGGCAGGGCUUGGAUUCAGCUGUCUUCGGGGGAGAAAUGUGGACAAGGAUCAGGUAAAAGCUGCCAUAAAAGCUCAACAAGACCAACAGAUAGAUAAUGCACUCCUGGCUGAAGGACGAUUUUAUUCCGACCUAGAGCUCACAGAAAAAGAAAUUGAACGUACGGUAAUGGAAGCUUCUCGGGCUGAAUAUCUAGCUGGAAACAAAUCGAAGCAACAUGUUGGUCUAAGAGGAUCCUCGACAUCUAUUGCAGAACCAUCAUCCUCUGGAGCCAGGCCAUCAGACGGUGAGACCGAAAAAGAAAGUGGUUCGCCUGAUGCAAUGCUGAGCAGCAGCAUGCGGGUGGUGCUGACAAUGGGAUUCGGCUACCUCCAGGUUAUUGAGGCCUACAGUGUAUUUGGGGAUGAUGUUGAUUCUAUGGUUUGUUACCUGUUAGAGACCAGCGGUAGCAGCAGGCGCAAAGGGAAGGCUACUGAAUGAGCCAGUGCGAAUGUUUUUGAUGUAUUUGAUUGAAUUCGCGUUUGUGAGCUUAGGAUCUGAAGUUUGACUAGUUAAAUCUAGCCUUUUUUCCAAAUUUGAUGUGCUGUUGUUAUAUCAGAUAUUAUCAACAUAACUAUUUUGGGCCAGUUUGUCUUGAUUCUGGCCUUUAGUAAAUAUUACUCUGUACUGUGUAGAAUUCAUCUAUAACAAA